GGCCGGGCCCUGCCGUCUAUAUCUCCCAGCCUGCCCGGCCGGGUCAGAAAGUGCGGGCGCUCCUGCCCGACGGCUGGGGAGACAAGCCGAGCGCGCCGCUCGUCCCCAGCCGGAACCAGAGCGGCGGCGGCGGCCCACAGCGAGCAGCCCUCGCAUCUGCCGGGCAAGACGCCGUCCUGGUUUUGGACCCCAGUCCCGGCGCCAACUUCGGCCACCCGCUCCUGCUCUUCUACGUCGACUUCAAUGUCAGCCCGCGUCGGUGCCGCAGCCGCCAACGACUCUACCUGGGAAGCUAUGAAUGCUUGACUCCUGUACAGAGAAAUCACUGUGAGAACCAGCUAAAGCGCAGACCAGGACGUGGCAAGGGGCGGAGCCAGCGCUCAGCAGGACACAUGCUCCAUGAGGAACCACCAGUAGGGUUUUGUGAGAUACAUUUUCUGCCCCUGAUAGUGGUGGCACAGGAUCUGAAACACCUGCAAAAAUUGCACUGCAUAGAUCUCCAUGGGUACAGCCCAUGUCCACAGCCGCUGCUUCUUGUCAGUUCUAGUUCCACGGCUGCCUACUGCGAACUCAACAAGAAUACACGGCGGUGUCAUCGCCAACAGGCUCCGAUGUAUAAGUUGUGCCGCAUGUAUCAGACAUGUGAUCAUGCAGUACUGAUUGCAGGUGGCUGGCAGGAGCAGGUCACCUAUCCCCACCAUGCCCAGAACCUGUUGCUUUUCCACCAGAUGCUUCGACGAAAUGGUUUCCGCCAAGAGCACAUCAAGGCUUUCUUUGCCAAUGAGGGACAGGCUUCAGUGGAGAUGGGAAAUGUGCAACCAGCCACAGAGAAGUUGGCUAUCCGGUCCCACUUGGCACUUAUCUGCCGUAGCCUACACUGUGCCGACACUCUGGUACUCUACCUCAACAGUCCAGCUUCCAGUGAUGGCACCAUGUUCUUGUGGGAUGCUAACCAUAAUGGCAUUGUUGAUCCUAAGGAGCGAUACGCCAUCUCAGAGCUCUUAACAGACUUGGAAAGUUGCAAUGCCCGACGGGUCCUGCUCUUUCUUGACCAGAGCUAUCCAGGGCCAUUGGUAAAGAAGCUUCAGGCAUCGCAGCGCCAUCCCAAUGUAGUGUUGGUACAUAGCACCACUGCCCUCCAAAGUGGAUCAGCUUUUGCUGAAUUCUGGGCAGAACUGCAACCUGACCAAUGUCUACUUCAGCAUACCUUGCCGGUGGGUUCGUGGUCUGCAGUCUUUGCCUCUGGUACUCCAAUCCAGCUGCUCAAUGUCACAUUAGCAGGAGCCCCUUGCCAUUCUGUGCCACCCUUAGGAGAGGAAGAACGCCAGCGUCGCUACCAUGGCUGCCAAAAUCUUCCCACCAUGUUGUGGUAUCAGAGCAGGCACCAACAGGAACUACAGCAGGAUGACUGAUCAUGAUGGGCACUGUUUUGGGGGAGCCUACGAGGCCCAGAGCCUUGUUAUGUAACCAGGGGCCCUUUCCUCCAAGGAGAUUUUUUUUUGUUUUGGUGGCUUUGAGGGACCCACCUGCAGUUAACACCAACAGUCAUCCAAUGGGUGGAUGCGAUACUGUUGCUGGACAUUGCCAUAGUAGGGAGAAACUUUCCUAGUAAUUUGUCUACAGUGGACUCUACAAAGUUCCGAGGCAAACUUGAGAGAAGCACAUGUGCCACUGUUGGCUCUUGUAUAUUGUUAAACAUAAACACAGAUGAGAAAAUGUUAAGACCACAAGAGGGGGAAUUAGAUUGGAAGAUUCCGGUCAUAAGUCAGAAUAUAUCUGGGGGGAGGGGGAACAGACUUCUAGGGUAACAAUUAAUGCCAGGGAGUAAGCAAUGCACAGUGGAGUAAGCACAAGUGUAAUGGAGUAAAGCAUCUAUGCUAAUGUACAAAUUGUGCUGUUCUCAUGUAUGGGAAUCUCUUCCCCCCCAUGCAUAUAUCAAUCUCCCCCUCACACCUUUCUCCAUAUAAUACAUCCUGAUAAAACAGGAGUGGGUGGGAAGAACAAGUUUUGAAACAAUCAAGCUCUUGAAUAAAAAAAAAACAGUUCUCAAUUUCCAACUGUGGCUGUUUACUUUGCAUGG